AUGCGGAUACAGAUUUCCUAUGUUUUGGCCAUCCUGCCUACCUUUGGGUAUGCUUUGGCUUCGACCGACCAGGUUCAAGAUGCUGACCCUGCCCAAUCUGGGUAUUUGGACAACCACAACAUGCACCCAAAUACCGUUGGCUCCGCAAUCUUUGGAAUUUUGUGGAAGAACGCAUAUGGCAACAAAGAACGAUGGUAUGCCAAGCCACUUGUUUAUACACCUCCAGGAGCCACUCAACUUGUAUUCCUCGCGUCGGCACAGAACAUUAUCAGAACUCUCGAUGCUAUCAAUGGGACCCUCCUCAACUCUCGGACGGUCCAGCCACCGUUUCUCCAGAAAGAUAUUGGAUGUACAGAUAUCCCAGAUUACAUAGGAGUCAUUGGCACUCCUAUCAUAGACCCUGAUACUAACACCGCGUUCUUCUUCUCGAAAGGCUACAAGAAUGGAGCAGCCAGUGGGGGCGUUGCUAACGGUAUCUACAAAUUCUACGCCAUUGAUGUACAAACACUUCAAGAUAGACCUGGAUUUCCUGUCUUGAUCGACGGCCACAAUGCGGACAAUGAUCCUACAAGGUACUUUAUCGGAGGCACGGUCUUGCAGAGACCAGCUCUUGCGAUGGUCAAUGGCGUUGUACUAGGUGGAUUUGGGGGCCAUUGCGAUCUCUUCAACUAUACCGGAAUGAUCGUAGCAGUGAGCACCACUCCUGGCGUUGGCGUGACGUCCCUUUUUGCUAUGGAAUCCGGUCCCAGUGCGCCUCCGGUCCAGAGUGAUAUUUUGAUAGAGAAGGGAGGAAAGGCCGGCAUCUGGCAAGGUGGUAUGGGCCUUGCUGUGGAUGGUAACCGUAUUUUCCUGGCAACCGGAAACGGUCAAGGUCACGCGAACGGUGAUGUAGGUGCUUCAGGUAGGCAGCCGCUUUCCACUCUGGAUGAAGUUGUGGGCAGCUUCACAAUAUCACCACAGGGCAAGAUCAGCCUCACCGACUAUUUUGAGCCAUAUGAAUACAUCUCGAUGGAUGCGGGUGACCGGGACUUGGGUUCAUCAGGAGUUACGCUCUUGGAUCCUACUGUGUUCAAAGGAACUGGGGUUUCAAGAAUGGCGGUGACCCUGGGUAAGAAUUCAAAAGCUUAUAUCAUGAAUGCGAACAACCUAGGGGGGUUCAAGCAAGGGCCAGGGGGGACUGACAAUGUCCUCCAAACGAUUACAGCUCAAGGAACCGUCUUCGCUGGAGUUGGGUCAUAUCCGCUUGAAGGAGGUUACAUCUAUUUUACACCUACGGGAGGUGCUACAGUGUGCUACAAGAUGGGCCUAAAUAACAACGGGGUCCCAUCUUUCACACUGGUAGGACGGACCACUGGCCCUGCAGCAGGAAGGGUGGGCGUUGGAAUCCCUACAGUAACGAGCUUCAAAGGGCAGGUCGGAACCGGUAUACUAUGGAUCUCUGAUCCUAGUCUGGGUCUUCAGGCUUUCAAAGCUGUCCCAGUGAACGGAGUCCUGCAGCCUAUACCCAUUGCUGCUACGGGUGGGCUCAACAAAUUUCAGAGACCUGCAUUCGGAGACGCUAGACUGUACACCAGCGACAACAACGGGAAUGUAAUGUGUUUAGGAUCGCCUGUUGCCUUACCUCUCAGCUGUACCGACCCAAUCGACUUUCAGGAUGUGACAAUCGGGACUAGCGUUUCCAAGACUGUUACUUGCCAGGCUCUCAUUCCCAUCACCAAGAUUAAUGGGUGUACCACUGGAGACUCGAACUGGAAGUGUGACAACUCGACUCUUCCCCAAGGCGCUUUAGCUCAGGGCGCAACUUUUUCGUUCCCUGUGACAUGGGACUUGAGAGAGGCGGCUAUAAGCGAUACGCAGCAGGCGUCGUUUGGGAAAGUCGUUCCCGGCGUCGAAAGUACAAGUCUCAACAUUCUCACAACAAACGGAGUUGCAAAAUAUAGCACUGUGCUACCGAUAUCGCUUACGGGUAGAGUUGUCUCCCAGACUGCCUUCCUGACGAUUACCCCUACCGAGCUCGAUCUUGGUGGUCUAGUCCUUGGAUCUGCUGGGGCUCCAUCAGGGCUCACAGCGUCUCUCAUUCUAUCCAAUGUUGGGGUGCAAGCACUUACCUUUCUUGGUACUGCAUGGACUGGAACCGUUACGGGAAGUAUUCAAUGGAUGAACGUUACCAAUGGGGAUCUGGGGAAUGGCUUCACCUCUGCAGAGUUUCCACAGGCCGGAGACAGUCUUGCGAGCGGCGGAUCAAUCACCGUGCCAGUAAAAUUCUCUGCUGCGAGUACGGGCACCUAUGCAACAUUCGUAGAGUUCUGGACGACGGGCGGGUCGGAGUACAUCAUCGUUUCAGCAUCGGCGUCGACCUCUCCUGUCGCGAACAUAUCCGUGUCGACAAUUGAGGGCGGCUGGGACUUUUCUGAGCCACCGAUCAUGGACUUUGGCAACGUUCUUGAUGGAACGACCCAGUCGGAGAAUAUUCGUAUCUGUAAUUCUGGCGGGUCAGCUCUCGCCAUCACGAAAAGUAAGCCACCUGUCGGCACUGAGCUGCUUGCUCCUAAUGCACUUGUGGAUCUGCACGAAGGCCAAUUCAUAGAUGUGAACUCUUGUGCGCUAGGUCAGGUAUCAAUUGUGGCUGCACCUCUUGGAGUGAAUCGUCUGGAUCAUUCCGUCUCCGACGUGUGGAUUCUGAAUACCGACGAUGUGACCUUCGGCGUCCAUGAUGUUGCAAUCAAGGCUACCAUUGUCACCGAGCAAGUCGGUCCUUUGCUCGCUAAUGGAUCUUCCCAAUAUCUGUAUCUAGGGUGCUACUUUGAUGGCGCUGGACGGCUCUUCACGAAAAAGCUGACAUCGGCCACAAACGAGAAUGGUUGGUGUCAAAACCAAUGCUUUGCAGGUGGAUACCUGUUUGCAGGCACGGAAUAUCAUACAGAGUGCUUUUGUGGAAAUACUCCCCCAAGCUUCACCAAAUACACUGCCGAGAGUGCAAAGAAAUGUGGCUGGAGCUGUCCUGGAGAUGUCACACAAGCCUGCGGGGGAGAUGGUACUUUCAUAUCAGUCUUUUAUGAUAGGCAACGCUACACUCCCGGGCCAGAUACUAUCCCUGAUGCUCCGCCACUUGCGUCCUUGAGCUCAACAAGCUCUGCCACCUCCAAGAUAACUUCGACAGCCCCCAGCAUCAGCCGGUCGACCUCAUCGUCUGCGUCCAGUACAUCCUUAUCCGUAUCUAUCACUUCAUCGUCAACUCCCUCGAGCACCUCCACAAGGUCAUCUGCAUCUCCAACACAGACUGGGCCCGUAAUCGUGAAGACAGUGGGCGCCUUCUCCUACAUAGGUUGUUACACUGAAGCAACGAAGGGUAGAGCAUUGUCUUCAAAAAGCCUUGCGAAUGACGCAAUGACAAUUGAGCUUUGCGCUGAGACCUGUAAAGCCUAUGAUUGGUUUGGGGUUGAGUAUCACCGAGAAUGUUACUGUGGCUUCACACUCAACGCUGGAAGCGUAAAGACGGAUGAGAGCUCUUGCUCCAUGACUUGCAAAGGGAAUCCACUUGAGAUUUGUGGUGGCUCUUCUCGAUUGACCAUGUAUAAUGAUUUGGGUGCCGUGUUCUCCUCCCAAUCCAGCGAUCAGUCGUCGAGCUCCUUAGAUACCUCAUCGACCUUACCUCCAACACUGUCUUUGCGCUCGAUCUCGGAGCCCAGUUCUUCCAGUCAAUCGUUGUCGAGCUCCUCGAGCCCAUCACCCUCUUCCUCCUCAGCACCGUCAUCUCCUCCUCCAUCGAACCCCACGAGCACAACACGUUCAUCGGCAACUGCGGCUCCAAUCUCCCCUAUAAUCCGCGGCUUCGCUCCCCUGGGCUGCUACUCCGAUGCCUCCGGAGGCCCGUACCAUGGCCACAACAUGCCCAAGCUCUUCACCAGCGACGAAAUGACCCCCGACCUCUGCAUCUCCUCAGCCCUGGCCCGUCUCUCUGCAGUCCCCGCAACGACAUUCCUAUACGCGGGCGUGGAAUACGGGAGAGAAUGCUACGCGGCGACGCGGGCGCCCACGCCUGCCCCAAGCAGCUUGGUCGGUCCCAAGGCCUGCACCAUGACCUGCAAAGGUGAUCCCGGCCAGAAGUGCGGCGCCGCGCUGAUGUAUAAUCUGUACGUGGCGACCGGUGUGACGGUCACGCGGACGGCUACCGAUCAGGGAAGCGCACCUGCUGCUACUCCGACGCCUUAG